AUGUCGAAAAUAAGGAGCGUUGCUGUUAUCGGGGCUGGCCCCGGAGGCGCUAUUACUGUCGAUGCGCUGGCACAGGAGAAGACAUUUGAUGUUAUUCGUGUUUUUGAUAGACAGGAACACGCUGGCGGGUGUUGGGUUUCAAGAGAGGAAGAGCCAGCUCAGAAAUUCGAUUUCGAUGCUAUCUCAGCUCGCACGGCAGAUACACCUCUGCAGAUUCCUGAAAAUCUCCCAUGCCGAACACCUGUGGGCUCUCAGAACCGGUUCAUGGAUUCACCCGUGUACCCCGGUCUGGAGACCAAUGUUGAUGCAGGAGCCAUGUCAUUCUCCCAAGAGGCUAUCCCGACAGUCCGUUCGCAAUGGUCAAUUGAGCGCCAUGGCGAGGACACGCCUUUUAGACAUCAUACGGUCAUUCGAAAAUUCAUUGAAGACUUGUUCCACCGCAAAGGGUACCAAGAUCUUGUACAGUAUAACACUACAGUUGAACGCGCCAUCAAAGACCCCCAAAGUCAGAAAUGGGUACUCACGCUGAGGCGGACGGAGGAGGGCAAUGGCGCCAAGUCAGAUUACUGGUGGUCUGAAGAAUUCGAUGCGGUGGUCGUCGCUUCGGGUCACUACGCAGUGCCGUGGAUUCCAGCGAUUCCGGGACUGAAAGAAUUCGCCGAAAGGUAUCCAGGAAGUGUUUUGCAUACUAAGCAGUACCGAGGCCCUGAAAGAUACUCUGGAAAGAAAGUGAUAACUGUUGGUGCAUCCGUAUCAGCAGCUGAUACGGCUGUAAGCUUGGUUGACAACGCGCAAACACCGGUGAUUGCCGUCGUGCGUGGUCGCUACAACGCAUACUUUGGAGAUUUGGCGUUCCAGCACCCCAAGAUCCAGCGCCGCACGCCCAUCUCGCAUAUCACGAGUAACGAGCAAGGCGAGCGGACAGUGCAUUUCGAAGAUGGAACUUCUGAGUCGGGUGUCGAUCAUAUCAUUUUUGGAACUGGCUUUAGUUGGACAUUGCCUUUCUUGCCUCAGGUCGCUACACGCAACAAUCGCGUGCCGGACCUCUACCAGCAUGUCUUCUACAGACAUGACCCGACGCUCACAUUUGUAGGCGCGGUCGGUGCUGGGUUGACCUUCAAGGUGUUUGAAUGGCAAGCAGUUGCGGCCGCUCGAGUAUUGGCCGGCAAGGUCACCUUGCCGUCCAUCGCGGAACAAGAAAAGUGGGAAACCGACCGAAUUGCAGUGAAGACUGACGGACCCGGAUUCACUGUACUCAAUCCCGAAUUCGAAGCAUACUUCGAGACCCUCCGCGAGCUGGCCGGGGAGCCUCAAGGCGGGAUAGGGCGACGCCUACCUCGGUUCGAGCAGAAGUGGCUUGAUGAUUUCAACGAAGGCGCUGAGCGUCGAAAGCGAAUGUGGAAGAGGAGCAAUGACGCCGCCCGGUUGUAA